ACUGUGCUGCUAAAAAAGGUCGGCUGCGCUGCGGUCUUUGUCCUACCCUUAGCUGCGCGUGAAAGGUGAAAGGCAAUUUGAUCACAAAGUCUGCUUUGUCUUGGACAAAAAAAGGUCGAGGCUUAGAGGCCAUUUUGCUAUUUUGGUAUCGAGCCUGCAUUGUCUCAGUGAGCGAUGCUCUAUUGAGCUUUCAGCGAGGAUGAGUAUAGCUUCAUUGAGCGGCCGCGCGAUGCAGCGCAAAUCAUACCCAGACAAGGAGCGCUCUAUCUACGACAAUGACCUAUUUGUUUCGCCCAUUUCUGAGCGGACACCAUCAUGGUCAGGGACUCGAUGGACUCGAUUCUUCCCUGAAUUAUCGUCGCAUUUCUCGCUCAUCUCUCCAGUUAGUACACACAACGACGACUAUCACCAACACAACAACAAUCGCCGGGGAUCUGGUUCUUUGAGCUCGAUCGCCAGCCACAGUCACAAGCGCCAUAGCUCCUCAGACUCGGAGGAUACCGAAUCGAAAACAGGCCCGUCCUCGCUAUGGUCGGACGAACUUGUUGAUGACGCUUCGUCCUGUUACAGUCGCAGAUCGUCCGUGACCAGUCUAGGCUCUGAGAUCUCCGCCUCCGCAUACAAGUCGCCCGACGCAUUCUCCAUCAUCUCCCCCGCACGAGCAGGCGUGUUCGACGACUCGGCCUCCGCGUACCGGUCGAGGCCCAGCAUGUCUUUGUCGAGGCGAUCACCGUCAUCGGCAGUCGAGUCGCGGGACAAACCGCUCCCCUGCGAACCCCCGAUCCAAAUGGCGCCGCUGUCCAUUCGCCGAAAAAAAAGACAGCCUGCGACAAUUCAUGAAGAUACCUUUGAUGAGCCUGCCGAGUCGUCGCCGCCGGCACACAAGCAGGGCGAGGGUAGCAGUACCCACCAACCAACCCUGUCACAGGCUGCAGAGGAACUCGAGAACGCACUUGCUGGCCUUGUGGAACACAAAGACGACGAGGCCCUGCCACGUCUCGAGGCGCCACUGCAGGUAAGCAGAGGGAACAUGGACAUGAUCGCCACGCGGCCUGCGCCCAUCCCUCCCCUCGAGGUGCACAAGAGUAUUCUUAAAGCGGGCAAGGCCUCUGCGGACGAGGAGGUGAGACACGCCAAGAAACCCCACAAAGUGUUCUCUUUCAGCGUGCCCGGCUUCAGCAGGAAACAGCAUAGCCAGAACCAUCGCCCGCAUUUUCGCUCCCUCAGCGGCUCCAGCGUCACUGUGGGCCUCGAGCGCAGGGUCGCUCUUCAGGAGGCCGCCGCCGCAAGGGAAGCUGCAAAGAAUAAUGGCGAUAAACAGGCAGCGUCGUCUGGGUUCCUCAGUCCACCGCUGCGCGCGCAGCGACCGGCGUCCGUCAGCAGCGAGCGGGAGCUGCGCUUGAAACUUCCCCGCCUUCAAACAAAGGAUGUGCGCUCGUCGGGCGUGCUAUUGAACAAUCCCUCGAAACCUGUCCCCGUGGUUACUAGUCCUCCUGGUGCUGCUGCUGCACCAAAUAUUGUGCAUCCUCUGCCAAAGCCGCGCAAAACAUUCUCGUUCGAGCCCGCGGGCACGAUGUCGAAAAACAUAUCGCAGCCUGUCGGCCCGUAUUGCGAGAUGGAGAUGGACUCGGGCCCGAUCGUCAUUUACGAGCUCGACGCUGGUCCGGCCAAAGAGCCCGUAUCGGCGCCGACCCCGUUUGUCCCGUCUGGCGAGAUGCCUGACUCCAUCCCAGAUGAUGUCGUCUACAUGAUUUUGCGACAGUGCAGCUCGCUACAAGAUCUGUUCAACUUCGCCGUGAUGAACCGGCAAUUCUAUCGUGUCUUUAAACUCCAUGAGCUCGAUCUUAUUCAGGCUUCCGUCUUUGCCAUGUCGCCGCCCGCUUGGGAACUUCGCGAGAUGAGCCCGCCCUGGGACUGCGAGUGGCAGGUCCUGUUUGACCUUGACGCACCUGUUCCCGAGUACAACGCUGCUCUAUACCUCGACCGCUACACCCGAGACUUGUAUACGCUGGUCCGACUCAAGUCGCUCAUCCUGGCUCGAUGCGGGACAUUCCUCCGCCCCGAAACAAUCCGCGGCCUCGCAGGCCUAGACGACGCGCGCGCGAGCGAAAUCGACAACGCCUUCUGGCGCAUCUGGUCGUUCUGCCGGAUCUUCGGGUGCGGAAAGGGCCGCGAGGGCGAUGUUGUCGGGCAGCUGGAUUGGUUGAAUGGCGGUAUCAUGGCGAAGAAUCAGCACGCUUCUGUCGCCAUGUCGAUCACCGAGCCGUUUGGUAUGAACAAUGUGCUCUUUGAGCCUCCGGAGGGCUUUGGGCGCGGGAACCAUGGCGGACUGUCGCAGAGUCAGCUUUAUGAUAUGACUGAGAUCUGGACUUGUCUUGGGGUGCUUCUUCAGCCGAUUCAUGAAAAGUGCGCCGAGGCGCGCAAGGCGGGGAUCUUCAAGGGUCAUGAUUGUCCGGAGAAGGAUGCUGCUAAGGAGCAGGCAGUGCUUGAGGAAUGGACCUCGUACAUCCUCACCCUCGGCCCCUCCGCCGUCCUUGCCCUCGGCUCCAUCGCAACAGUCGACAACGCCGACGAGAUCUUCCAGCGCGCACAGAGCAUGGGCCUCACAAAAUGGGAACACGACCCAAGCCGCUCAUUCUUCUUCCGCGAGGCCGUCUCAAAGGCCUACAAACCGCGCCAUAACCCACACAAAUCCCCACCUCUCGCCCAGUCUACCUCGAAUUCCUCGCGAUCUUCCCGCUCUAGCAGCGGUUCACCGACAAGCAGUAUGAUUGGCAAACCGCACCGCCGCAGACAAGCUGCGUACGCUGCACAACUCCGCAACCGCCGAAUCCAGAACAAGGCUGAGAUUGCUUACGCCGAGGAACGACCGAUCUCGAGCUAUGCGGAGAUCAUGAAUCGUCUCGCGGGUAACCCCCCGAAUCCGCAGUACUAUCGCACGCCGUUGCCUCCUCCCCCGCCCCCUUCGAUUCCUCCUCCACCGCCGCCUUCCAUGCACCAGCCACCAAACAACCACACGCACCCACCCUCGCAUAGCAUCCAAUCUCACAUCCAACCUCAAAAUUCAACUCACAACCCCCAGAUCCCCUACCACAACCCGCAAUCCUCUCCGCUACCACCGCCACCCGCGCAGUACAGACCCUACAUCGCCCCAGUCCAGCCCCUCCGCUCACGCAACGCACACCCACCGCCUCAAAUCCGCGACCCCGCCGACGCCGCAAUCGACAUGAUGGUCCGGGAACUCGGCUUUGCAGAAGAAGAUGCGAAGUGGGCGCUCAAGAUCACAGACACAGGCGAAGGGAUCAAUCCCAAUGCCGCGGUGUCUUUGCUCAUUCAGGAGUAUCAGCGCCAGAAUCCGGAUGGGUAUUUGGUUCCGGCGCAUGCGCAACAGGGGAGAGUCCCUGGGAGUCCUGCAGGUGCAAGUGGGAAUGGAAAUACGAGGAAUAGUAUUCUGGAAUCCGUGCUGAAUUCGAGGGAGGCAGUUGGGUCAGGCUGGAGAUGGGCUUAAUCUGGAGCUCCCUCCUCCUCGGCCUUUGCCACCCCAGCUUGAUUCAACAGGACCUUCUCUGCUCCGAACGACUUAUCUCUCAUGUCCUGACGCUGACGUCGACAUCCACGUUUACACCUGUCACUUCUUUUAUACAUUGGUCUAGAUUUGAUGUUAGCGCCUACGAGCUACUGAGCGAUCUUGCGUUUCCUUAGUGUCCUUUUUCUUGUGUUUCUUUCUUUCUUUCUUUUUCUUUUCUUUUUUUUUUUGGCCUGUUUAUUUCGCCGUUUUAGCCUCAGCCUUUUUGUUUCAGGACAGUUUGAUACCCUCUAAACGUGCGCAGUCUGGCAUAGCAUAUUUGUUUAGUUUCAGUUAUAAGUGUCUAUGAAAAGGGUUAGAUAGUUUCUUGGUUUGGCCUAAUUGAUAAUACAAUUGUCUAUACCAUUAUGAUACGAUCUCGCCUGGGAUCCAUGUUUCCCUGUCCUGUCCGCUUAUUGAGAGUGACUCGGGGCUUGUCAGUUAUUAGGGUCAAGAUCUCGGCGUGCCCUUACAUCCGUGCCACGACUCACUCACUACCCAACUCUGGCCUUACUAUUGGUUUUAGCUCGGGCUCUGGC